ACAGAGUCCAGCAUCUUCAACUGCUCCCCGCCCCAAGGCACUGCCAUCGGCUAUGGGGGUGCCCCUUGCAAAAGCCUGGGGAUAGGGGCUACUAUUCAGGCCCAACCUUCCUUGAACCCUAGGCUGGCUGGAAGGCUUCUCCUGCUUUCAACCCAGAGCCAGGCUGCAGGGGGCCCUGGUGGAACACUGGUUCCCAGUCCCAGCCCCUCAUCCAGCCCCUCUCUGAGGAGGAGGCAGGCAGCUGGGGCUCUGCAGCCAGAGCUUUUCAGCUUGGAGCUCUGGAGCCAGAUGUAACAUUGACCUUAAAUGGUAAAAGCUCCCCAGAGUGAAGAGAGGCUGGCCGGGAGGAAAGGGGAAUAACUCAGUUUUAGGUAAGUCAUCGCUAUUGCCUAGAAUAACCUGCCUCUUCAGCCCAAGGGAAGCAGAGAGGCGUCUUCUCCUCCUUAAAGCCUGCGGAGCCCAAGCCUCUUGGAGCAUCUUUGGGGUUGGCACAGCAGAGGUUCCAGGCACGCACAGCCACUCCAACCAGGCGGCUGCCAUGCCCCACAUUCCUGAGGAUGAGGAGCCCCCCGGAGAGCCACAGGCAGCCCAGACCCAAGACUCUCCCUCUGCAGGACCAUUUCCCAGCCCUCCCACAAUCGUCCUGACGGGGGAUGCCAGUUCACCUGAAGGAGAGACUGACAAAAACCUAGUCAACAGGGCUCCCAGCCCUCACCGGAGGCUUUCCCACCGACACCUGAAGGUCUCCACUGCUUCGCUGACUUCUGUGGACCCCUCGGGGCAUGUCAUUGACCUGGUGAAUGACCAGCUGCCGGACAUCAGCAUCUCAGAAGAGGACAAGAAAAAAAACCUGGCACUUCUGGAAGAAGCCAAGUUGGUGAGUGAGCGGUUCCUGACCCGCCGUGGGAGGAAAUCAAGGAGCAGCCUCGGAGACUCCCCAUCAGCUGUUUCUCCAAACCUCAGCUCUGGGGCUUCUCCUGCAUCCUCCAGGAGCUGCUCCCUCACCAUCUCCACAUCACCAGGUUUGGACAUAUGCAGUGGCCCUCAGUCCCCUCUGCCAGGAGCACCACCACAGCAAAAGGGACAUGAGGACGGGGUCUCCUCGCCUUGCCCCGGAGAGCCUAAUGUCUCCAAAGGGCUAGCUGACCUGAAGCAGAAUGACCAGAGAAAAGUGUCUCAAGGCAGACUGGCUCCUCGCUCUCCCACAGUGGAGAAAACCAAGGAACUUACAGUAGAACAAAAGGAAAACUUUGAUCCCCUUCAGCACGUGGAGGCCACGCCCAUGGCUCAGGCUUCUGGAGCAAGCAUCAGUGGGAAAAUGGCUCUGAACAGCCCCCAGCCUGGCCCUGCUGAGAUGGAGCUGGGGAGGCAGCUCCUGAAGACAGCCCGGGAAGGCAACCCUCUGCCCAGAACCACAGCCCAGGGCUCAGGAGGAACGGUCUCCCCACAUUCCCUGGGGCAGGGCUCUGCUGGAGAGCCUAUGGGACCCAAGGCUGGCUCCAAGGCUGAGCUGAGGUCCCCUGUGUCCCGGCCCCCCCUGAUUCGGGGGGUCUCCUGGGACAGCAGCCCUGAAGAACCCGGUCCCCUGCUGCAGAAGGUGCUCGCUAAGCUGCCCCUGGCAGAGGAAGAGAAGCGGUUUCCAGGCAAAGCCAAGCCAGCCAAGCCACCUGGGCUCAAAGACUUCCAGAUACAAGUGCAGCCGGUGCGCAUGCAGAAGCUGACCAAGCUCCGGGAGGAACACAUCCUGAUGAGAAACCAGAACCUGGUGGGGUUCAAGCUCCCUGAACUGAGUGAGGCCGCGGAGCAGGACAAAGGAGUCUCACCUGAACUCGCCCCAGCAGCUGAGGAAGAAGAGUCCAAGAGUGGUCUGGAUGUGAUGCCCAACAUUUCUGACAUAUUGCUGCGCAAACUUAGGGUUCACAAGUCACUCACUGGAAGCGCCCCUCCACUCACUGAAAAGGAAGUUGAGAACGUGUUUGUACAACUGUCCUUGGCCUUUAGAAAUGACAGCUACACCUUGGAGUCUAGAAUUAACCAGGCUGAAAGGGAGCGCAACCUGACAGAAGAGAACACGGAGAAGGAACUGGAAAACUUCAAAGCCUCCAUAACGUCCUCAGCAAACAUCUGGUACCACUGCGAACACCGGGAGACCUAUCAGAAACUUCUGGAAGACAUCGCCGUCUUGCAUCGUCUGGCUGCCCGCCUCUCCAGUCGGGCUGAAGUGGUGGGUGCUGUUCGCCAGGAAAAGCGCAUGUCAAAGGCCACGGAAGUGAUGAUGCAGUAUGUGGAGAAUCUGAAGAGAACGUAUGAGAAGGACCAUGCUGAGCUCAUGGAAUUUAAGAAACUUGCAAAUCAGAAUUCCAGUCGCAGCUGUGGGCCCUCUGAAGACGGGGUUCCUCGAACGGCGCGAUCUAUGUCCCUCACAAUGGGAAAGAACAUGCCCCGCCGGAGGGUCAGCGUUGCUGUGGUUCCCAAGUUUAAUGCCCUGAACCUGCCUGGCCAAGCCCCGAGCUCUUCACCCAUGCCUUCCCUACCAGCUCUGUCUGAAUCGUCCAAUGGGAAGAGCAGCAUCUCCGUCUCCCCAGCGCUGCCUGCACUUUUGGAAAAUGGAAAGACAAAUGCAGAGGCUAACUGCGAAGUGGGUGCCCCUGUGCCACUCCCAAGCUGUCUGGAGGAGACGAGCCAGGAGACCAAGGCCAAGGCAGAGGAAGAAGCCUACAGCAAAGGAUACCAGGAAGGGGUAAAGAAGACCGAAGAACUUCAAGACCUGAAGGAGGAGGAGGAGGAAGAACAGAAGACGGAGAGUCCCGAGGAACCAGAAGAGGUAGAAGAAACCCAGGAGGACGAGAAGGACCAGGGAAGCAGCAAACUUGAAGAACUGGUCCACUUCCUACAAGUCAUGUAUCCUAAAUUGUGUCAACACUGGCAAGUGAUCUGGAUGAUGGCCGCAGUGAUGCUGGUCUUGAGUGUUGUUCUCGGGCUGUACAGUUCCUAUAACUCCUGCACAGAGGAGGCCGAUGGGCCCCCUGGGAGAUCCACCUGCUCUGCAGCCCAGCGGGACUCCUGGUGGAGCUCCGGACUCCAGCAAGAGCUGCCAGCAGAGCAGUAGGACAUCGGACUCCUUAGUCAUGCCCUGCUCUAGUGCAUUCAUCCCAACACCCUGCCCCUAAGUACAGUGUGUCAGGCCCAAACCGGGCACAUGUGGCCACCCAUCCCAUUGGGGAACAAGGAGGCUCUCUCCUGUCAUUCAUGGAAGCUACUCGCAACAACCUGAUGCUUUGAAGGGAUCAACAAAAGAUCAAAUUGUGCUCUGGGAAAGUGCCUGGUUGAUAAAGAAUCAACCUUCAUUAAGGACUCUAGCACAAGGGAAGGGUCCUGCCCCUGGCUCAGAUGGAUUAGGAGAACUGAAAUCCCUUCAUUCAGGGGAAAGUGAGAAACCUACUUUCCCUUUCUCCUCCCUGUGUUUCAUGGUCAGUAAGAAUUGUACUUAGGCGCCAGCACUGACCAUAAGGCUCAGUCUUGGAGUCACAACAUAUUGUCCCACUUCCCACUUUAUGUAUCACAACCGUUCUUUCGCCUUCCCUCUCCCUUUCAGAAUUACCUUUUUUUUUUUUUUUUCAGAGAGUGGGAAAGCUUUCUCAUAAAAAUGCACAGGCUAAAAGUAGCCCCAUGCUAGAAAGGAAACAGGAAGAUGUGAAUUAAUAUAUAAUGAAUCUGUAUACAUAUAGACUAUACACAUGUUUGUGCACAAAGACACCCACUCUCUGGAAGUGUGCUCUGCUCAGUGGCACCCAUGUCAUGCCAUCCAGUUGGUUUUCACUAGGUAUAGAGCAGUAGUCACCAGGUACCAACACAGGGAGCCCUCCACACACUCUGAAGAUGUUUGAACCUCUGAGAAAUCAUAUCUUCGUUCCACUUCAUAUGCCAGGUUGGAGCUGCUGUUUGACAGUCUGUUCCCUGGUUGCUUGCUCCGUUUGAAAGUGAUCCUACACAGUUAACCCACCUCUUGGGUAAGAAAAGGUGUGCCUUCCACUUCUGACUCUCACUCUGCCAUGCACCUUGGGACUACAGUAUUCAUGAGAUUUCCAACUCUAAUGUGUCCUUCCACAGACCUGUUCAGCAUUAACCUGAAGGCAGUGCGUUCUCCUCCAGCAUGGCGGCUCUCCACGCUGCUGACAGUUUCCUUCAUGCAGCUCUCUUCAGUCAGAGAUGGGGCUUCUCUUGUGGUUGCUUUUCUGGUUCGUUGUUUUUGUUGCUAUCACUUAUGUAGUAUGUAUUGUGAGCCAAAAAUCAUCUGUGUUAUAGGCAGUAAUUCAUUCGUCCUCAAGAAUAGAAAAAUCUGAAAUAGAUAUCACUCGCUCCAUGUUCAAAUAAGGAAAUAGAAGCAUAAAUGAUACAAAAGUACACACACACACACACACACCAGUGCAUGAAGUGCAUAUGCACACAUACACACAUACAAUGUUUCAACUUGCCAAGCAUCUAUAGCUAGGAAGUCAUUCACACUAUAGUGGUCUGGCUCCAGGGACUGCACUCCUACACCUUCACCUGUGGGUGCCUUCUCCAGCUGGGUGCCUUCCGGUCUGAUUCCACCCCACACCUCAGCUGACCCUUCAGCUGCUCAUGGUUCUCAGAUGGCACUGCACCUCUCCCUGUCCUUUAACUCAGAAGCAUCUUUGCUGCCUUAGUCCUCUUUCUCACCGCUCUUGAGGACCAACCGUAAGCACUUCCCCUUGGUACAUGCCUCUGUGACCUCCUUCCACACUCUUGCAUACCCAGCCUAGUGGGGGGCACCCCUCUUAGUGCUUCUGGCACUUGUUAAAUUUUAGUCAUUGAGCUGUAUCUACUGUCUAACUUAUUUAUAUAUCUGUCUCCCUGGAUGUUUUCCCUCAAGAACUCUGUCUUACCAUUUCUUGUCUAGGUACCUAGCAUGGCAAACCUGUGGGAGAGAGUCAUUUGAUGUUGGUUAAAAGAACAAGUAAACAUUCAAGGUGGAGAGCAGCCCAGAACAUGUGACAUUUUGAGGUGGCCCAGUAGUGUCACCUUCAUGACAAUUUCUAUUCCCAUGAGAAAGCUGUGACUUUCUGACUGAUUCAUGGUCUCAUCUUAUUUUUAUCUUUCUCGGAGAGAGCAAGAAUGAAAUAAGACUAUAGCAACACCAUUUUCAAGUCCAAGAACCUGACUCCAUGCAAUCAGUCCCUUCAGAGAGACAUGCACCCCCCACCACCACCCCAACUAGGCCUCACUUUAAAAUACUGUUUUUGAAGAAACGUCUUUACAGUGGCUAGAAAGAGAAAGAGAAGCCCAAGGAUGUGCCAUUAAAGGUAAUGAGGUUCAGAGCCAGGCAGGGGGAUUUCAUGGACAGGGGUAGGGCUUACCUGGAGGCUUCCAGGGCCUUAGAUACAGCUCAAGGAGAUUUAACUACAUAAGCACGUCCGAGACAAAGCCAGGAUUUACAGGGAAUGAAGAGAGAGCAGCUGUUGGGCAGGACUUUGCGGGGGUGGGGGGGUGUCCAGUCUCAGCCCAUCCCCACAGCAAAAGAAGAUCCAGCCUGAGUGAGCCCAUUGUCCAUUUGGCCACAAAUUUCCCACCCCCUUUCUGGGUGAGAGAGUUGAGGAGAACAUGAGUAAACUGUUUCAGCAUCACCACUGGCCUCCAACGCCUGCAGGCGUCCUCAGGUACAGACCAGCAGCCACGCUGCUCCAGCAGUAAAGACAGUUGAGGACAAGGACCUCUCCAGAGAGCAUAGCCAUAUUUGGGAUGGCAUGGCUGAAAGCACACUGUUGGACUACCGGUUCAGGAAGGCGAGUCACAGCUGCUCCCACACAUGGCCAGUGACAUGGAAGCCAGCCUUGUGUUUCCAGACGUAACUGUGAAAUGGAAUAAAAGUUUCCCACUCAAGAUGCCCCUGAAAGCUGGCAUUUCUGCUUGAGCCUGAGGGUCUGGUUGCCAAGGAUGUGUUUGCAUCACCAGUGAUGUCACUUCCUAAAAGGACCUUCAUGUUCUAGCUGUGAAGUUAUGUGGGCUGUUUCUUUGUGCAGCCUGGAAGAGGGUAUGGCAAGGGAGACACUGGACGUACCUGUCACCGACUGUCAGUCCCUAACACUGUUAAACCUCACACAGGUAGGUGUGGCAGUGUUGAACUUUAAGAGUGUCACAUAGCUGAGUUUGAAAAUAAAUGCACAUUUCCAAACCGUUGGCAGAAGUCAAA